AUGACUCUUGAAGAAGUUCUCGUCCAGAAAACUAACGAAAGAGCUCCGUGCACUGGAAAAGCACUGGAGGACGCGUUGGUUUCGGCCAAGGCUAGUGACUGCCUCACCAUUGGAGUUUACGAAUCUGCUAAAGUUAUGAAUGUUGAUCCAGACAGCGUCUCGUUCUGUGUGCUGGCUACAGACGAAGAAUUCGAGUGUGACAUCGCUCUUCAGAUUCACUUCACUCUCAUCCAAGCCUUCUGUUUCGACAACGACAUUAACAUUGUGAGAGUCAACGACAUGCAGCGUCUCGCUGAGAUUGUUGGUGACAAGUCGGGACAGCUCGAAGAUGCUCACUGCGUUCUCAUCACGAACCCAGCCGAUGGCUCGUGGGAGGACCCUGCACUGGAGAAGCUGCACCUGUUCUGUGAGGAAAGUCGCAGUUUCAACGAGUGGGUUCCAGAGAUCACUCUCCCUGAGCGUUGA